AUGCAGGUGCAAGGGGUCGGAGAUGCAGGCGUGAGACACUGCAACAAACAAGGACAGGGUGAGAACAAAUUUUGUGUGUUGUAUCCACUUGCAAGAAAAAGAGCUGAAGAGGUUAUAGCGAAUCUUCUAGAUGUGUUUCUGACUUUUGGAGCACCUGCUAUUUUGCAGUCCGACAAUGGACGGGAGUUUGCUAAUGCCAUCAUCACUGAACUUGCAGAGCCCUGGCCAGAACUGAAGCUAGUGACUGGACGUCCAUGUCAUCCUCAAAGUCAGGGCACUGUUGGACGUCUAAAUGGAGUCAUCCAGGACAAACUGACCAUUUGGAUGAAGGAAAACAACAGCAGGAAGUGGUCACUAGCCCUCAAGUUUGUUCAGUGGCAAGUUAACAUUAGCCGUCACGAAACAACUGGUCACAUCCCAUUCAAAGUUACAUUUGAACAAGAUCCACAGUUUGGGUUAAGAUCAUCUAUCCUACCAAGUACAGCUCUUUGUGAGAUAUUUAUUGAGGAAGACCUUGAGGCAUUUCUGGAAUCAAAAGAAGCUGCUGGGGCAGAGACAGAAGCAGAGCCAGAGGGCAGAGGUAGAAGCAGAGCCAGAGGGCAGUGGCAGAAGCAGAGCCAGAGGGCAGAGGUAGAAGCAGAGCCAGAGGGUAGAGGCAGAAGCAGAGGAACAGGCACAGACAGAAGCAGUAGUUCCAACUUUCCAAAUGAUCCAUGCUUUGGCUGA